AAGCAGGAAACAGUUUGUCACAGACUGAUUCAGUUCACCGUCAGACUGACAACGUCCUCCAAGUUCAGCUACCAGAGAGAGAAACUACGAAGCUGCUGCUUCAACCUGCCGACACAAUCUUCACUCAGAGACAAAAUGGCUUCCAGAUCAGAGGAGGAUCUCUGCUGUCCGAUCUGCCUCGACAUCUUUAAAGAUCCUGUCAUCCUGUCAUGUGUCCACAGCUUCUGUAAAGACUGUCUGCAGAGCUGGUGGAGAGAGAAACGAUUAAAUAUGUGUCCAGUUUGUAAGAAGAUAUCUUCAACAACAGAACCACCUUUAAACCGGGCGUUAAAGAACCUGUGUGAGUCGUUCUUACAGGACAGAGAUCAGAGAGCUUCAGAGGAUCUCUGCUGUCGGCACUCUGAGGAACUCCAACUCUUCUGUCUGGACCAUCAGCAGCCGGUGUGUCGCAUCUGCAGAGACUCAGAACAACACACCAACCACAGAUUCAGACCCAUCGAUGAAGCUGCACGACAACACAAGAAGAAACUUCAGGAAACUCUGGAGUCAUUAAAGAAGGAGUUACAGGUUUUUGAAGAAGUUAAAGUGAAGUUUGAUCAGACAGCAGAACACAUGAAGGUCCAGGCCCGACACACAGAGAGGCAGAUCAAGGAUCAGUUUAAGAAGCUGCACCAGUUUCUAGCAGAGGAAGAGGAGGCCAGGAUGGCUGCACUGAGGGAGGAAGAGGAGCAGAAGAGUCAGAUGAUGAAGGAGAAGAUGGAGGCUCUGAGCAGAGAGAUAGCAGCUCUUUCACACACAGUCAGAGCCACAGAGGAGCAGCUGAGAGCUGAAGACGUCUCAUUCCUGCACAACUACAAGGCUGCAGUGGAAAGAGUCCAGCAGCGCCCCCUGCUGGAGGAUCCACAGCUGCCCUCAGGAGCUCUGAUAGACCAGGCCAAACACCUGGGCAACCUGAGCUUCAACAUCUGGAACAAGCUGAAGGACGUGGUCUCCUACACUCCUGUGGUUCUGGACCCAAACACUGCUCAUCCAGUACUCAUCCUGUCUGAAGAUCUGAGCAGUGUGAGACGAGGACAGAGACAGAAGCUUCCUGAUAAUCCAGAGAGGUUUGAUCAUGUGUUCUCUGUCCUGGGAUCUGAGGGCUUUAACUCAGGGACUCACAGCUGGGACGUCGAGGUCGGAGACAGUACAGACUGGCUGCUGGGUGUGUUAGCAGAGUCUGUCCAGAGGAAGAGACUCAUACAGUCUGGAUUCUGGAUGAUAGGCUUACAUGAAGGUGAAUACUCAGCAUGGUCACCAUCAGCUCCACUCACUGUUCUCGUCAUGCAGAAGAAGCUCCAGAGGAUCAGAGUGAAUCUGGACUGGACCAGAGGAAAUCUGUCGUUCUCUGAUCCUGAUACUAACACACACCUGCACACCUUCACACACACUUUCACUGAGAGGAUGUUUCCAGUCAUUAACACUGAUGCUGAAGUGAAGAUGUUACCAGUAGAACAGAGCAGGUAGAGAUGAAGACGAUCA